AUGAAUGCUGAAGGUUUACAUCGCAAAUACAAAAAAACCAUCGGUGACUGGGUCAGAUUCAAUUACAAGUUGGCUGGUCGUAAGGUUGAUGGUCCUGUUGAACCACCGAAGAAGAAAGCGACUAAUCAAAAAGGAAUUGGCGGAUGGGUUAAGUCCACUAACAAAGAGAGCAGUGAAAGUAAGAAGAAACCAGGAAAGCGGGCCAAAGUUGAAUCUGAGGAAGACGAAGAAGAAGGAUUGGAUCUAUCAGAGGAUAGCGAGACUUCUCCAAAAGUUAGCUCAUCGAAGCGAAAAAAGCCGGUAAGAGGCACUCAAGCUGCGAAGAAGCCAACGAAAGAGGCGAAAGUUGAAUUGGAAUCUGAAUCUGAGGAAGAAGAGUUGGAUCUAUCGGAAGAUAGCGACUCUGCAGAAGAUUUAUCGAAAAGCGACUCUGCAGAAGAUUUAUCGAAGAGCGACACUUCUGCAGAAGUUAAUUUAUCGAAGCGAAAGUUACCGGUAAGAAAAACUCGAACCGUGAAGAAAGCAACAAAACAAGCCAAGGUUGAAUUGGAAUCUGAAUCGAAUGAAUCUGAGGAAAGCGAUGAGGAAGAUUUGGAUCAAUCGUAUAAUGGCGAAGAAGAAAAAUCUCCAAAGUCUCCAAAAGUCGUCUCACCAAAGCAAAAAAAGCCNUUAGGGCGGAUUAGCCUCUUCUAUUAG